CAGUAAGUCUUAGCCUUGGCUGCCUGCUCCUGCUGUCUCUCCGCCUGGACGCAGGCCAAGCCAAGGAGUUGAAGUUUGUGAUAUUGGGACAUUCAGUUCCAUGCAUCCAGUUGCUUUGUGGAGAGAAGCUAGGAGUGAAAACAGAGAGGGGCUGUCACACCAAAGUUCAGACAAAGAAAGCACUGUGACCACCCAACUGGAUCAGAAUACAGUAGAAUGGGAAAGCAGAGGUGUUUCGGCACGGAGACCGAAGUCCCAUCGAUACCUUUCCUAAUGACCCCAUUAAGGAAUCCUCAUGGCCACAAGGAUUUGGCCAACUCACCCAGCGGGGCAUGGAACAGCAUUAUGAACUUGGAAGUUAUAUCAGAAGAAGAUACGGAAGAUUCUUGAAUGAUUCCUAUAAACAUGAUCAGGUUUAUAUUCGGAGCACAGAUGUCGACCGGACUUUGAUGAGUGCUAUGACAAACCUUGCAGCCCUGUUUCCCCCAGAAGGGAUCAGCAUCUGGAAUCCCAGCCUGCCCUGGCAGCCCAUCCCAGUGCACACAGUGUCACUCUCUGAAGAUCGGUUGCUCUACCUGCCUUUCAGGGACUGCCCUCGUUUUCAAGAACUCAAGAGCGAGACUUUGCAAUCUGAGGAAUUCCAGAAGAGGCUUCAUCCAUAUAAAAGCUUCAUAGAAACCUUGCCAUCACUGUCAGGAUUCCCUGGCCAGGAUCUUUUUGGGAUUUGGAGUAAGGUUUACGACCCUUUAUACUGUGAGGGUGUUCACAAUUUCACCUUGCCCUCCUGGGCCACCAAGGAUGUCAUGACUAAGUUGAGAGAGUUAUCAGAAUUAUCUCUGCUAUCUCUUUAUGGAAUUCACAAGCAGAAAGAGAAAUCUAGACUCCAGGGGGGUGUGCUGGUCAAAGAAAUCCUCAAGAACAUGAAGACUGCCACUCAGCCACACAAGUACAGAAAAUUUGUCAUGUAUUCUGCACACGACACUACUGUGAGUGGCCUGCAGAUGGCGCUAGAUGUUUAUAAUGGACUUCUACCACCCUAUGCUUCUUGCCACAUAAUGGAAUUGUACCAAGAAGAGGGGGAACACUUUGUGGAGAUGUACUAUCGGAAUGAGACCCAGCACGAGCCCUACCCACUCACGCUGCCGGGCUGCACCCACAGCUGCCCUCUGGAGAAGUUUGCAGAGCUACUGGACCCCGUGAUCCCCGAGGACUGGUCCACGGAGUGUAUGGGAACAAGCAAUCACCAAGUCCUGAGGGUCAUCCUUGCCAUUACCUUUUGCCUGGUAUCUGGCAUCCUAGUGAUACUGCUGUUUACCCUCAUCCGCCACGGGCCCUGCUGGCAGAGAGACGUGUAUCGGAACAUCUGAACAGACGGCUGACCUCCAGUGACAAGACCUCUCGGUGAGGCAGCACCUUCCGGACAGCCUUCUGCCCUGUGGGCACUGUCCUGCACACAUCCUCCCUUCAGAACCUGCCUAGAGUUGGUGUGAGCUCACUGCCACACAGAGGAGAGGGCAGGGCUGGCAGGUUAGAUAGGUCUUCUGGGCACCGAGCUGGGGUAUGAGCUGCUCAUAGGGCUUCCUCAGGACUCCUCUGCAAGAGCUCUUCUGCUCCGCCCUGCUCUCUCACACAGGUCCUGAGAGAAACAAGAAGCCAAAUUCCAAUCUGCCUUAUGCCUACAAGAGGAAAGGAAGAGAAAGUGGGACCAGACAUAGGUUAGACCACACUAGGUAGUCCAGAAUGUUAGACUGGAAGUAGAGGGCCCACCGAAAAAUGACCUUAGUUGUUUAGUAAACUUAACUCUCUCUCUCUCUCUCUCUCUCUCUCUCUCUCUCUCUCUCUCUCUCCCUCUUCCUCUUCCUCUCUCUCCCCCCUCUCUCUCCCUCUCUCUCUCCCUCUCUCGCCUCUCUCUGAAGAGCAAUUCAAACCCAGUGCUUGAUGACUGACAGACUUCUACCUGUACAUCUAACAUACACAUACAUACAUCCACAUUUAAAAUGUCUUCAGGUGAGGCGUUUGAUUCUCAGAAACUGUAAUAUCAUUCACUUUAAGCAUAGUUCGGGUCAUUUUCUCUCAAUUUCCAUUUAGAGAAAUAACUGAAAAACCCAUGAGACAAGUUCAUUUUUCCCGACUCUUACCACCUGAUUUUUUUAUACAGUUUAUAUUACUUUCGCUUUAAAAUUAUGAUCUCUUAGACUUAUAAGGGUUGUUCAUGGCCGGUAUGAAGUGAUGAUUUUUUUUUUUACUUUAUUUAAUUUUUGGUGUAGUGAUGACUGCAAACCCCUGGGCCUCAUGUACACUAGGAGAAUGCUCUACCAAUGAACUAUGCCCUCAGGCCUCUCCGACUUUUGUAAGUGCCAACACAGAAAGAAAAGUAUAUGGGGUGGGGGUGGGGUGACAGCCUACUGGCCUUUGGCCUUAAAUUUUAAUUUCCUAAUCUAAAAUGGAAGAACUGAGACAAGAGGAAUGCAGAAGUCACAUCUAGAUUUCAUUUUCUGUGAACAAUUUUACUCCACUUUCACUACAUGUAAGUCAUGGUCCAAUCAAGCACCUCCAUGCCUGGCACCAUCCAGGAAGUCAUUAGGGAAAAGACUAAAAUUUACUUUAUAUAAUUAUAUUCUUCUCUGGACACACAAGCAUUCAGUUUGUGAUAAAUUCGAUCUCACUCCUCAGUAGGUUGCUCUACUUUCUUGGGGUUGCCUAAAGAGCUCAACGUAUACCUGAUUUUUUUGGGGGGGAGGUGUUGGAAAAGGGCCUCUGUCCUCACGGUCCAUGCUCAUGAGCCUGUUUGAAGAUAGGUAGAGACAUUCUGGCUAUGGCUCCCAAGACCAUACUCAGAAUUCAUUGUCUAGAUGUCUCUAUGGGAUGCUGGACCUUUGACACCCAACACAGAAUUCAGCUCUUCACUCAGACCCCCACCCAUCCCUCGAGCCCCACGGUGCCCUGUUAAACACCAAGCACUCACAUCUAUAGCCUGUACUUUUAAUAUCACUCUCAGUGAGCCAAAGCCACCGGAAACAAACCUUGAAGAGUGUGCUCUCUCUCUCUCCCUUCUCCCUCCCUCCCUCCCUGAUGUGUGUGCAUGUGUAUUUAUGUGAGUAUGCAUGUGGUUCAUGCACACAUGUAUGUGCUGCUUUGCCACGCAUGCUCAGAGGACACAGGAGGCUGUCACAUGUCUUUUUUCUGUCAUUCUCCUCCUUAUGACUUUAAGACAAGAUUUCUUGCUAAACUUGGAGCUAUUCUGGAGUCCAGCAAGCCCCAGUGGUCCUUCUGGCUUGUCCCCCACAGCGCUGGGCUUAAAGGAACACACACAGGCCACACUCAGCUUUUUACAUAGGUGCUUGGGAUUUGAACUCAGGUCCUCACACUUGUACAGCAAGGGCUCUUACUGACCCAUCUGCCCAAUCCCCAGUACCUACCAUUUCUUUCAUCACUGUACAGAAAGCUGUCAGGCUCAUUAUCACCGUCUCCUUUACCUCCUUCUGUUGGCAAAUACCAUAGCCAUUUUUCAUCCAACACGGCAGAAGAAAGAAUCGCAAGUGGCAAAGGACCUGUAGGAAUAAAGUAAGGAGCACAAAUGAACUGGGGAGUCGCUCAGAAAAUAAGCCGAUAAUGAGAUUUCAACAACAGGGAAUGCGAUCUCCCAAUACUGAUAAUUGCUCGGCAGAUGGCACAGAUGUGACCAUUCUAGUUGCUAUGGUGAUAUUUUUGAAAGACCAUCACUAGCGCUGGGAUCACCUCUGUUCUGGUGUGUGGUCCUUGUCACUUGAGAGGCCUUUGUGUAGAAUUCACAUGAAGCAAUCAUUAUCGUGUUGAUAUCAAUUACAUAAAAAUACUGAUAAGUACUCAGGAAAGUACUGAGAGAGACACAGGUGGGUUAUCCUUAGCUUUAAUUGCAAAGCACAGACAGAGAAUUAAGGAAAUAUAAUUGUGAAAAAAAUACUAGUGCUUAAGAAAUGGCAUACAUUAGACUUCAACUACAUUUAACUGGCAUUCACUCAACAGCUUUUUGUACUAAAUCUGGCAUUUCUUCCCUGAAUCUACUCGUAUUUCCUGUUUUCUCAACUCCCUGCCCUUUUCUGUCUUGUUCUAAUAUUGUUAGCCAGAGUGGCUUUGGGGUAAAUGAAAGUCAAAUUAGAACUGUUUUCUCUUUUUAAACUUUCUACAAAAACUUAUUGAGCAAUAAUUCACAUGUAAAAUGUUGGUGCCUUAGAUCAGGGCUAAGAGAUACAUACAGUCACACAUGUGGUCUUAAAGGUUUCCACAAGCACAACUGUAAACUUUUUUUAAUGAAAUGAAUUCUAAUAUAAAAUUUAUUUAACACACUGCAUGUAAAAUACCAUUUCAACAGGUAAUUGAUAUUCAAAAGAUGCUUGUAGAAUAUUUUAAAGGCGUUUUUCAUAGCAAGUAUCUAAAACCAGAUGUGCUCUACAGUUUAUCUUCCACCACCUCCCAGGUUGGAGUAGCCUUUGAAGACUCAGUAGUGGCUAGUGUCUCCCGGAAGAAAUAGUUCUGACCCAGGCCAUUAGAGGAUAGCCUUUUUAAAGCAGAGAAAACACAUUCUUUAUUUGUAGAAUACACUUUGGGUUAUUGUGACAAAAUAGACAUUAUCUUUAGGGCUGGAACACAGCUCACUGAUGAAGGGCUUGCCUGCCAAAGGCAAGCCCUCAGUUCCAUCUCCUGCACCACAAUAAAGUCAAUAAAACAAAUAUAGCGGACCUUUU